AUGAACCGGCCGAUCCAGGUGAAGCCCGCGGACAGCGAGAGCCGAGGAGGUAGUAGCUGCCUGCGCCAGCCCCCUUCACAAGAUAGAAAACUCUUCGUGGGCAUGCUCAAUAAGCAGCAGUCCGAGGACGAUGUGCGCCGCCUCUUCGAGGCCUUUGGGAACAUCGAAGAGUGCACCAUCCUGCGCGGGCCGGACGGCAACAGCAAGGGGUGCGCCUUCGUGAAGUACUCCUCCCACGCCGAGGCACAAGCCGCCAUCAACGCUCUGCAUGGCAGCCAGACCAUGCCGGGAGCCUCAUCCAGUCUGGUGGUCAAGUUCGCGGACACUGACAAGGAGCGCACGAUGCGGCGAAUGCAGCAGAUGGCUGGCCAGAUGGGCAUGUUCAACCCCAUGGCCAUCCCCUUCGGGGCUUACGGCGCCUAUGCUCAGGCACUGAUGCAGCAGCAAGCAGCCCUCAUGGCAUCAGUUGCACAGGGUGGCUACCUGAACCCCAUGGCUGCCUUCGCUGCCGCCCAGAUGCAGCAGAUGGCGGCCCUCAACAUGAACGGCCUGGCGGCCGCACCUAUGACCCCAACCUCAGGUGGCAGCACCCCUCCAGGCAUCACUGCACCAGCUGUGCCUAGCAUCCCAUCCCCCAUUGGGGUGAACGGCUUCACUGGCCUCCCCCCACAGGCCAAUGGGCAACCCGCUGCAGAAGCUGUUUUUGCCAAUGGCAUCCACCCCUACCCAGCACAGAGCCCCACCGCCGCGGACCCCCUGCAGCAGGCCUACGCCGGAGUGCAGCAGUACGCAGGUCCAGCUGCCUACCCUGCUGCCUAUGGUCAGAUAAGCCAGGCCUUCCCUCAGCCACCGCCAAUGAUUCCCCAGCAACAGAGAGAAGGGCCCGAGGGCUGUAACCUGUUCAUCUACCAUCUGCCCCAGGAGUUUGGGGACGCUGAGCUGAUGCAGAUGUUCCUCCCUUUCGGCCCCCAGAGCUGGGCAUUGUUGAGGAGCCAGGAGGAGACUGACUGGUCCCUGCCCUCAGGAAGCCUAAGCUCUGAGCCCAGAUGGAAAUCACAGCUACUGAACUGCAGUGAGCUCUGCGAGGCACCAAGCAAUGAAGCCAUCAGGAAGGCAGAGGAAAGACAGACUGGGCAGAGAGCCACUCAUCAGUUUCUGAGAAUGGAGGAGUGCAGUCCCCAGAGAGCAGCACAUGGAACCAGAGCUGAGUCUGCCACAAUUUCCAGGCUUCGUGAGCUUCGACAACCCGGCCAGCGCGCAGACCGCCAUCCAGGCCAUGAACGGCUUCCAGAUCGGCAUGAAGAGGCUCAAGGUGCAGCUGAAGCGGCCCAAAGACGCCAAUCGCCCGUACUGAGCGCCGGCGGGAGCGUCCCCCGGGGGAGACCAGGACUCGCACAGGGCCAGUCAAAUCCACCACAGUCUCGCGCUGAGCUAGGAAUAAAGUUCACGUAAUCACAUGAGAGUGGAGAAAAGUCCCCCAUCCGGCAGGAUGCUGAACGGGCUACAUUAAAAAAAAAAACCUCUUUCUCUCUCUAUUUAUAAAUGAGAACUGUUGGAUGACACCUUUGACAUAUCAGCCAAUAUCAAUCAAGCUGAAGACUCCAGACACUGUUUGACUGUAACAUUUCUUCAAGGAAAGUAUAGCGUCUAUGGAGUUCAGAGGGCACGUGUUUGGGGGAAAAAUAUACAUGACAUAAAGAAGACGACGAUGAAGAAAAAUGAGAAAAAAAAAAAAAA